AUGCUCUCACGACGAAGCUUCGAACGCUUCUGUGUACUGGUUCUAAGCCUUGCUGCCACUGGCAAACUGGUUGAAGCUGGGCCCUGUGAUAUCUACGCGUCCGGCAACACGCCCUGCAUCGCUGCACACAGCACCACUCGUGCCCUGUACAGCGCCUACACUAGUGCACUCUAUCAGGUCAAACGUGGCUCCGAUAAUACAACUACCGAUAUCUCGCCGCUUGCUGCUGGGGGUGUCGCGAAUGCCGCUGCACAGGACAAAUUCUGUUCAAACACAACCUGCUUAAUCACGAUCAUUUAUGACCAGUCUGGCCGCGGUAAUCAUCUCAAACAGGCUCCGCCUGGUGGGUUCAAAGGCCCUGAAGCUAAUGGCUAUGAUAACCUGGCCAGCGCCAUUGGAGCACCGGUCACGCUGAACGGCCAGAAAGCCUACGGUGUGUUCAUGUCUCCGGGAACCGGCUACAGCAACAACGCCGCCAGCGGCACGGCUACGGGGGAUGCAGCUGAGGGAAUGUACGCAGUCCUUGAUGGAACCCAUUACAACGGUGCCUGCUGCUUCGACUACGGCAAUGCCGAGAUCAGCAGUACUGAUACCGGUAACGGCCACAUGGAGGCCAUCUACUAUGGUGACAACACUGGCUGGGGCUCCGGCGCUGGGAGCGGUCCUUGGAUCAUGGCAGACCUUGAGAACGGCCUGUUCUCUGGCGCUAGCCCAGAUAACAACGCUGGCGACCCUUCGUUAUCCUACCGUUUUGUCAAUGCAGUUCUCAAGGGAGGGCCAAACCUGUGGGCCAUCCGCGGUGGCAAUGCCGCGUCCGGUUCCCUAUCAACAUACUACAGCGGUGCGCGUCCAAGCGCGUCUGGAUACAACCCAAUGAGUAAGGAGGGUGCUAUAAUCCUUGGCAUCGGCGGCGACAACAGCAAUGGCGCACAGGGCACGUUCUACGAGGGCGUGAUGACCUCCGGCUAUCCAACCGACGCCACCGAGAACUCGGUGCAGGCUAAUAUCGUAGCGGCCAAAUAUGCCACCACGUCGCUGACUAGUGGGACGGCGCUCACCGUCGGUUCCUCAAUCUCACUGCGGGCUACUACGUCCGGCUACACGACGCGCUACAUCGCACACACCGGCACGGCCAUCAACACUCAAGUUGUCUCGUCAUCCAGCACCACCGCCCUCAAGAAACAGGCUAGCUGGACGGUUCGCGCCGGUCUUGCAAAUAGCGCUUGCUUCUCGUUCGAGUCCGUCGAUACCCCCGGGAGCUUCAUCCGGCACUCUAAAUUCGCACUCGUGCUUGCCGCCAACGACGGCACGAAGUUGCUCCAUGAAGAUGCUACAUUCUGCCCGCAGGCCGGGAUAAAUGGCCAGGGUAGCUCAGUUCGAUCCUGGAGCUAUCCCACUCGCUACUUCCGCCACUACGACAACUUGCUCUACAUUGGGAGCAAUGGCGGUGUCAAUACGUUCGACUCCGCCACUUCCUUCAACGAUGACGUGAGCUGGGUGAUCAGCACCGGCUUUGCUUGA